AUGCGCUUCACCACUGCGUUCACUCUUCUGCUUGCGUCCAUCGCGGCGGCACCCUCGGUCAUGGCGCUGCCCACUGGCUACGAAGCUGCUGAGCUCGAGGCACGCGACUUCCACUACGACGUGCAGAUCCUUGCGCGUGCAGUGGCGGAUGUCCUUGAGGCCCGCGAUGCGUCGCAUAUGCUGAUGGCUCGUGCGCCGACGAAGCCAAAACCCUCGCCCAAGUACAAGAAGACGGACCCUAAUCCGCGUCCAGCUGACGCAGAGCACAAGCCGCCGCCCUACAACCCGAACGACCCGAUGCCGAUCCCGGGGUACCGCAUCCACGACCCGGCCCCCAUUGGCGGGCACCCGGCUCAGAAGAAGAAGGGUUCGAAGUUCUGGAAAUCGAAGCCCUGA